CGGGACGGAAAGGCGGAUGCCCCGCCGGCCUUCACGCCCCUCCUUCCAACUGCCCCUUAGAGGCAGGGAGCCUCCCCGCCAGGCUUCGCCCUCCGCUCCCCUCAGUUUUAAAAGAAGAGCGGGGCGGGUCCCUGGGUGAGUCAUCUCUUCUCGUGGCCCCGGGCUCGCCGCUGCGCUCGCGGCCGGAGGCCCCCGUGUGCUGGGAGCCAUGCUGAGGAGCUGCGCCGCGCGACCGCGCACGCUCAGCGCCCUGCGAGCCGCGCGGGGAGGCGCGCCCCGGCCGGCGAGGGACCCGGGACCCGCGCGGAGGUCAUUUUCUACUGAGAAAGUCAUUCAUAAAGACCGUUCUCUUCCCAACCCCAGCUGGAGCAAGGAUUUAAGACUCCUCUUUGACCAGUUCAUGAAGAAAUGUGAAGACGGCUCCUGGAAACAUUUGCCUUCAUCUGAAUGUAAAGUUCCUCAAAGGAUUCACAGCUUCAAGACCUAUUUUCUCGACUCAAAGCCUGUGAAAGAAGACCAGCUGUCACAGGCCCGGCCCUUCACCAGAAGCUAUGAGGUUGGCCAAGGCUUUGAAUAUGCGAUGUUCUAUAAUGAAGAUGAGAAAAGGACGGUUUGCUUGUUUCAAGGAGGUCCUUAUCUAGAAGGACCACCUGGAUUCCUUCAUGGAGGUGCCCUUGCAACAAUGAUCGAUACUACUCUUGGUGUGUGUACAAUUUCAUGUAUGGGACUUUUCAUGACUGCCAAUCUCAACAUCAAUUUUAAAAGUCCUAUCCCCCUUUGUUCUGUUGUUGUGAUCAGUAGCCAACUUGAUAAAGUUGAGGGAAGGAAAGUGUUUGUUUCCUGUAAUGUUCGAAGUGUUGAUGAGAAGACCCUACACUCAGAUGCAACAGGCUUAUUUAUAAAGCUGGAUCCUGAAAAAAGUUUGACAUAAAAGAGCUUCCGGUGAAUUCCACACCAAUCUGCGUAAGGCUCUUCCUCCUCCAGAUGAAGCAGUUGUCCCCCGCCCUGCUCUACUCACCCACCGUUGAGUCCCGCAUAGGGUGAAGCCUGCUAACACUGAUCUUCCUGAACAAGUCUUCUGAACACAAUUCCAGGAGUUCCACUUCCAUCUUCCAAACUUUUAGCACAGAGACAAUCCCUGUGAGAGUGUCAGCAAUUCUUUCUCUCUCCUCAGGAGAAGUGUCUGGUUCUUCUAAAAUUUGAAUGGGUUCCUUAAAGCUGCACAGGCGUGAUAUCUGACCCACUGCAGACCAGAAAAAAAUUCAUAUUGAAAUUUUUAUCACAAACUUAGAGAUGCCAAAAAGCCAAAGAAAGGAAUAAAUUUGUGGGUGCAUGAGUGUCUGUGUGUGUGUGUGUGCAGGCACACAUGCACAUGCAUUAUAGAUUACAAAACUAACUUUAUUGUAUCUAAACAAAUCUUUCUGGCUGCAGUAGGAAACACAACUAGUUCCUGUAGGAUUGGAUACCUCACAUCUGUUGUCUUGGAUUCUAGGAAUUAAACCACUGUGCCAUUUUAA